AUGGAAAGGUUACAAGCUGUUGUUGUUGUUGUUGCUGCUCGUGGUGGUGAUGAUGGUGAGAGUGGUGCUGUAAGUGAUGUUGUUGUUGUUGAUGAUGAUGAUGAUGAUGAUGAUGAUGGUGAUGAUGCUGAUCAUGCUCCUCAUAGAUAUUGUCUGUACUAUAAAGCAUUCUCAUCCAAAUUCAGCAGUAACCUGAAACUGUACAAAUUGAUCAGCUUAUUGUAUCGCGAAUUUGCACAGUUUCAAAGCAGCAAGCAACGUGAAUUCACGUCAGUCCUAUUUAGUUCACGUCAGUGGCCAUAA